AUGUCGAAUCCCAAGAUAGCAAUCAUCGGAGCAGGACCUGCAGGGUGCCUCUUAGCACGCCUCUUACACCUAGCCAACAUCGAAGCAACCGUCUUCGAAAGCGAAGCCUCGCCAAACUUCCGAUCGCAAGGCGGAAGUCUGGAUCUGCACACAGACACGGGGCUAGCCGCGCUCAAGGAAGCAGACCUCUUUGACGAGUUCCUCAAGCACGCGCGCUACGACGGCCAGCACAUGGCCAUCGUCGACAAGAACAACAAGUCCUGGUUCGUCAACUCCGCGACAGGGUUCGGUAGCACGGUGCAGGAGCGUCCGGAGAUUGACCGCCCCAAGUUGCUCAGAGAAGAUGGCAGUCUCGUCUUUGAACAUACCACUAUUGGUGGGUUUGAUCUCGUCGUAGGCGCGGACGGGGCUUGGAGCAAGGUCCGCAGACUCUUCGCGCCAGAUAUCAAGCCUCUAUGGACGGGAAUCAUGUUAUACGGCAUGAGCAUUCCGAACGCGGCCGGGACGGCGCCCGAGGUCUACAAGCUCGCCAACAGAGGUAGUUUGUUUGCCAACAGCGACGGUAAGCGUCUCUCAAUUCAACAGAUGGGCGAUGGCAGCCUGAGUAUAUAUGCGUCGAGCACAGGCGGCGGGGAGGACUGGGCGUCCCCCGAGGUCUGCGGGUAUGGUCCGCACGACCUCGAGGCAGUCAAGAAGGCGCUUUUGGCGAUCACCAAGGCUGCGGGGGAGUGCACGCCGAGGUCGCUUUAUAUGCUGCCCGUAGGCUUCACGUGGCCGCAUCGGCGCGGUGUGACCGUCAUUGGGGAUGCGGCACACUUGAUGACGCCCUUUGCAGGCGAGGGGGUCAACGUUGCGCUCGAGGAUGCGAUGAAGCUAGCCAGAGCCAUCAUCAGCGCUGUCGCUGAGGGCGGCGGUGCAGGUGCAGGUACAGGUGCAGAUGCAGCCGACUAUCUAGACAAAAGGAUCGAGUCGUUCGAGAAGGAAAUGUUCCCGCGCAUGGAAAAGGUGCAGCGGCUGACGGACGAGCUCAUGCACGACUGGAUGUUCACGCCUGGCUCGCCGCGAACGACCAUCGCGACGUCGAUAGCGAGGCAUGUCAAGUUCGAGACGCCGUGGGUGUUGCAUCCGUUGGCGAGUGCCAUGGUACACUCGUUCUUUUUCAUGCGCAGGAUGCUGGCGUCUUAGUAGAAGCGGUGACUGGCAACUGCGCAGAUGUGUGGCUGAGUUUUAUUUGCAGAACGCGGUGUGUGUAACGACGCACGAUAGGUUUUGGAGUCGGGUUAAGGUCCCUGUAGCCCAUGUUCGCUUUAUUUUCCGCACU